UGUUGUGGCUAUGGCGGCCUCAGGCUCUAGUGUGGUGAGGCGAGUGGAGGAACUCGGGGACCUAGCUCAGGCCCACAUACAGCAACUUAGCGAAGCCGCCGGUGAAGACGAUCACUUUUUAAUUCGGGCCUCUGCAGCUCUUGAAAAAUUGAAACUCUUGUGUGGAGAAGACAAAGAAUGUUCAAGACCAUCAAAUCUACUAGAACUGUACACACAGGCUAUUUUGGACAUGACAUAUUUUGAGGAGAACAAACUAGUAGAUGAAGAUUUUCCUGAAGAUUCUUCAGAGAAAGUAAAAGAGCUGAUCGGUUUUCUUUCUGAACCAGAAAUUUUAGUUAAAGAAAAUAAUAUGCAUCCAAAACACUGUGAAUUGCUUGGGGAUGAACUCCUGGAAUGUCUUUCUUGGCGACGAGGAGCCCUACUUUAUAUGUAUUGUCAUUCUCUGACCAAAAGGAGAGAGUGGCUCACGAGAAAAUCUAGUUUGCUUAAAGAGUACCUUGUUGAUGGAAUCAGUUACUUGCUACAGAUGCUAAAUUAUCGGUGUCCUAUCCAAUUAAAUGAAGGAGUUUCUUUCCAAGACCUAGACACAGCUAAGUUACUGAGUGAAGGAAUAUUUAGUGACAUUCAUUUGCUGGCUAUGAUGUACAGUGGAGAAAUGUGUUACUGGGGAUUGAAGCAUUGUGCAGAUCAACAGCCAGAAAAUCAUGAAGUGGAUACUGGUGUUUCUGGAGCAAGCUACACUACACACAAAGAACCCUUGGAUUUCCGAGAAGUAGGAGAAAAAAUUUUGAAAAAGUAUGUAUCUGUGUGCGAAGGACCCCUGAAAGAACAAGAAUGGAAUACAACAAAUGCAAAACAAAUUUUAAACUUCUUUCAGCAUCGCUCUAACUAGUAAGUUCAUCUAGUCCUUAUUGAACAGAAAAACAAAAGACUCUUCCAUUUCAUGGAAGAGUCCUAGAAAAGAAGACAUGUUGACACUGAAUUUAAGAGCGUCACACUACAUAAAGAUGUCCAGCAUGGUUAACUGUUUUUAAAUGCCCUCACCAUCUUUCACUAUAUUCUUAAACCUGUGAAGGAACAAUAAUUUCUAAAAUAGCAUGUAUGUUAUUCUAACUCAGCCUGAACUACAGAUAUCCUGUAACUAAUACUAAGGAGGAUUCCAGUUUAGCUUUACAAAGGUUUUUUUCUAUUACUUCAGAUUAUUUUUUUCCAUUGUGAUAAAAUAUACAUAAAGUUGACCAUUUUAACUAUUUUUAGAUUAUUUUUCAAUCUCCCUGUCUUGAAAUUUGCUAUGCUUCAAAGGUUAAAAUCGAGUCAUCUCACUGCUUUGGCAAAAUUAAAAGUAAUAUUCAGAUUCCAUUUCCAGA